GGAGCGCGGCGGGCCCGGGCCGGGCCCCUCGGCAGCGCGGCCCUGAGGCGGCGGGCGGGCGGCGGGCGGGGCGCGGCUCCCGCGCAGGCGCGGCGGCGGCCAUGUCGGUGCAGGAGGACCCGGUGCAGCGGGAGAUCCACCAGGACUGGGCCAACCGCGAGUACAUCGAGGUGAUCACCAGCUCCAUCAAGAAGAUCGCCGACUUCCUCAACUCGUUCGACAUGUCGUGCCGGUCCCGACUGGCUACCCUGAACGAGAAGCUGACGGCGCUGGAGCGGAGGAUCGAGUACAUCGAGGCCCGGGUCACCAAGGGGGAAACGCUGACAUAGGCCCGGGGCGGCCCCGGCCCCCGCCGCCGGAGCACCUCCGCCCCACACCCCGCUCGGGGCCCGCCGCCACCGCCGCCGCCUCUGCUCGUGUUGCCAAUAAACCGCUGUGCUCCUGCCCUGCCUGCUCUCUGCGUGCCUGCCUGGGGCCGGGCCGCGGGAUGCCCGGCUCCCUGCCACCGUCCUGGAUGUCCAGAGCCUGCCCUUCCAUCUGCCUGACCCACGGGGUUUGGGCACACAUUCCUCCCCAUGCAUGGGGGCUGUGCCACAGCGGCCACGGGCUAGGCUGUUGUCAGCUCCUGGAGACACCUAACCGGCUUUUGGGGUGCUUUGUGCUCCCUUUGGGAUCACAGCAGAAAAUCUGGUGGUCUCUGUGGUCUGAAGGGUGUCUCAGCCUUCACAUGUGCACAUGUCAGGGCAGUGUGGGGACAGCAAGCUCACCUGGCGUGCUGCACAUGCCACAGGAGAGGGCCUUUUGCUAGCACCAGGAAGAGGUGUUUCUCCUCUGCGAGGCAAGUGGCAAGGAGAAGGAAGUCUCUCAGCCCUACCCACUAUUCCUCUAUUUAUCUCAGUUUUCAGUGGGCAUCUAAAUCUACAGAUUCACUGCUCAUAUUUAGCAUUUGUUGGGGAGUCUGUGGAAUUGGUGUCAGCAAAGAUUUUCUUGCUUCCCAGCAGGCUUUCAAUGUCUUGGUAUAUUCUCCAACUGUAAUCUUAGGUUUUUUUCAUAAUGGCACUGUCAUGCCUGCAGUGUUUACUGAGUGGGUUACUUAAUGUUUGUUAUAUUUUUGAGGCUGUCUGACAUCAGCUGGUUCCUUGUUGACAUAGGUCCUCCUCUGAGCUUACAGUUUUGUUCUCCGUAGGAAUCUCUGUUUUCCAUUGUUUGAAUAAGUGCUCCUGCAGCUUUUCCCUCAGGUCUCAUGGUUAUUGUCAGGUUGGGCUGCACAUCAGGGAAGCUUAGCUGCUUUUGGGGCAUAGUACCUGUGGAAAUGAGUGUUUUGUAGCAGCCCUGCAGUGGAGUGGAACAGCCAUAGGUCACUGCCCUUAGGUGUAGGGGCCAUAUCAAAUUAGACUGUUGUCAUAUGAAGAUUGAUAGAUGGAAUGAAGGCAGCUCUCUCUUGGCUCCAGGGUGGCUGCUCUGUAGCCCAAGUCCAUCAGAAGUACUGCCGUGGCCCACGCAUUGCUUACUGUGCGUGUGCUGAGGUUCUGAGAUCUCCCAUCAUUGGAGGUGACUCAGUACUUAUCUGGAGAAGGCCCUGAAUUAAGUGGAUGUUGAAGCUGGCCCUGCUUUGAAUGGGAUGGGCUUGAGGCAGAGACCACCAGAGGUUCUUGCCUGAAUUAUGCUAAGAUUCUUCAGUCCAAAGACUGAAGGAGAGAACAGGGAGAACAGGGUACCACAGACAUCCCUGGGAUUGGGUCUGUACUGGGCUGACCUCUUAACUCAAGAUCCACUGUAGCAGCAUGGUGUGUCUCAGAUCCUUUCCUGGUCUCCUGACUGGCUGUUGUAAUGGCUCUUUCUCCUCUGAGACCAGGAUUUCUCACAGGAGGAGGUUUUGCCACGCAGUUGGUGGGAUCUGCUGGAAGGUACCACUCCUCCCAGGCUAUGUGCUGUCACAGAGCGUCAGCACUGUGGGAUCAGCCUGUCCUGUUCAUCUCUCAGCAGGGAUGCUGCACAGCUCACUGCAGUACAGAGUUCUGCCCUUUACCUUUCAAGGAGUGUUACUAGUUCCCUAAGGAGCCAGGUUUUCUGCUGGGUGCUGCUUAUUCCAGGCUAUCUCUGGGAGGUGAAGCCUUCUGGUCCUCAGGCUGCUUACAGCUUCCUCCAGCAGCUGCUGUGAUAUACGGCCUUUUAAUAGAUGGAGCUUUGACACAUUUCAUUAUUUUAAAUACUGGCAAAUUGUGUUUGCCUUUUUCUUUGUACUGUAUUUUGGGUGGUUUUGGUUUUUUUUGUUUUCUUUGUUUUUUUCAGAAUAUGAUGCCCCAGGAACCUACAUUAAAGUUUUCUGGAGUGGA